UCCUCGAUAUCCCGGUACUCGGGCUCCCCGGGAACGCACCCCAGCUUCCCGGGAACUCCCUGCUCCCAGCACCUCCCGGCGCUCCGGGUCACUCUUCACCCGGUUCCCUUGACUUCCCCGUAACUCCUCAUCCCCAUCCUCCCCGCUUCUCCGUACCCCAGGACCUCAUCUCCCCGUUCACCCCAGUUUUCCCAGCUCCACCGUCACUCCGCUGCCCGUCCCCCGGUUCGCUGGGCUCCCCGGACCCCCGGGAUCCGCGGCCAUGGCGUUCAUGGUGAAGAGCAUGGUUGGGGGGCAGCUGAAGAACCUGACAGGGGGUCUGGGGGGCGAGGAGAAGAGCGAGGGCGAGAAGUCUCCGGCCGAGGCUCAGGGCAUGACCCGCGAGGAGUACGAGGAAUAUCAGCGGCAGCUGGUGGAGGAGAAGAUGGAGAGAGAUGCCCAGUUUGCCCAGCGCAAGGCGGAGAGAGCCACGGUCAGGUCCCACUUCCGAGACAAGUACCGGCUCCCCAAGAACGAAACGGAUGACAACCAGAUCCAGCUGGUGGGAGGUGACGUGGAGCUGCCCAAGGAGCUGGCUAAGAUGAUCGAGCAGGACAACGAGGAGGAGGAAGAGAAGAACUCGGUUAUUGGCCAGCUCAGCAACAUCCAGAACCUGGACCUUGACUCCUUGAAAGACAAAGCCUCGGCCACACUAGAGGACCUGAAGCAAUCUGCUGAGAAGUGCACCCUGAUGUGACCCAGCUGGACCCCCCCUCCCCGUCCAGGUGACGGUGGGGGAGACGGGAGGGGACGCAGCCAAGGGUCUGGUGGUGGCUGCUGCCUGCAGUGGGGACCCCACUGGUGGUGUCACCCUUGCCUCGUGUGAGUCGGGUCCUCCUUCUGAGCCGCGUGAAGCCUCGAGUCCCUGACCCAGAUUGUCCCUGCUGUGUGGUUUUUGUUUUGUUCUCUGCUCCGAGGUUGGAGCAAAGAGCCAGCAUGUCCCCCCCCCCUGUGCCCCAGCACCCCCUCCUGUGCCCCCGGCAGUGGGUGUCUUUAGCAAGAGUUGGAGGAGGAAUUUGCAGGGAAAGAAAAGCCCUGAGUGACCUUGAACCAUGUCGGUGUGGGAAGGCCAUGGUUUGCCAGCAGAGCUGUGGCCACACUCUGUGUCUCUGCCUCCAGGCUUCGACCGAGCCUCCUAGAAAUGACUGGGAGGCUCCAGUUUGCUCUGCAAGGACGAGGCACAAUGAGAAAUGCCCCCCCUUGCUGCAUCCCACACCCAUCACAUGAGAAAUAACAUCCUGUCCGUG